GGCCGGCACCGCCCUCGUCCCCGCCCGCCCGCCCGCCAGCGCGCAGGGCCUCGUAGCACCUCUGCUCUAGCUCGCUGGGCCGUGGGGAACCCCGGGGACCCCCUCCCCCGCCGCCGCCCCCAGCCGACCGCCAGCUUCCCAAAGUGCUGGGAUCACAGGCCUGUGCCACGCUGCUCAGUUCCAGGCAGGGUCCGAAGAGGAAAAGCAGAGGACUUCUCUGGAUCACAAUCAGCCAAGCACUGAGCUUGGCAUUCACAGACAUGGCGGCCCCACCCAGUCCCACACUGGAGUUGAUGAUGACCUUGGAAAGACGCUGACCCACGGACCCCUCUCGACCCACAGGACGCCAGCGGUGGCGAUGGGUGGCCGGCCAUCGCGGCAGCGGCAGCCCGUGCACCCGCCAGCGACCCUGGACGCGCUGCCCCCUGAACUGCUCGUGCGGGUGUUGAGCCACGUGCCGCCUCGCGCGCUAGUGACCUGCUGCCGUCCAGUGUGCCGGGCCUGGCGCGACGUGGUGGACGGGCCCACCGUAUGGCUGCUGCAGCUGGCCCGCGACCGCAGCGCCGAGGGUCGCGCAAUCUAUGCGUUGGCCCAGCGCUGCCCGCCCAGCAGCGAGAACGAAGAGGAGCUACCGCUCUGCGCCCUGGCGCGCUUUUGUGUGCGCGCGCCACUCGGGCGUAACCUCAUCUUCAACUCCUGCGGAGAGCAGGGUUUCAGAGGCUGGGAGGUGGAACACGGAGGCAAUGGCUGGGCGGUGGAGAAGAACAUAACCCUGGUGCCCGGGGCUCCUUCCCAGACCUGCUUUGUGACUUCUUUCGAAUGGUGCUUCAAGAGACAGCUGGUGGACUUGGUGAUGGAGGGGGUGUGGCAGGAGCUGCUGGACAGCGCCCAGAUUGAGAUCUGCGUGGCCGAUUGGUGGGGUGCCCGAGAGAACUGCGGCUGCAUCUACCGCCUUCGGGUGCGCCUCUUGGACGUGUAUGAAAACGAAGUGGUCAAGUUCUCAGCGUCACCCAACCCGGUCCUUCAGUGGACUGAGAGGAGCUGCCGACAGGUCUCCCACGUGUUCACCAACUUUGGCAAGGGCAUCCGUUAUGUGUCUUUCGAGCAGUACGGGAGAGACACACGUUCCUGGGUGGGGCAUUAUGGUGCCCUCGUGACCCACUCCAGCGUGAGGGUUAGGAUACGAAUUUCUUAGCCAGCCAGCAUGACCCAGCCUUCUGGGACACACUGCCAUCUGCUGGAUGUCAUCAAAAUCAGAAGUGUCUUUGCAGCCCUGGGCCUGAGGAUGCCCAGGCUGAGUCCUAUGGCAUCUGCAUGGUGACCCUCAUGCUGUGGAUGAACCAGAGACUGCGCCAGCCACUCCAUGGCUUGCUGAGCUCCCCAGGUGGACGGUGCCAUAAACUAGAGACAGGCUGGGCAUGGUGGCGCAUGCCUGUAAUCCCAGCGCGCGGGAGGCUAAGCCAGGACUGCUGCAAGUUCAAGGCCAGUUUGGGCUACAAAGUGAGAUUAUCUCAAAAAUAAAUAAAAGUAAGAUUUUAAAAAACAA